GACGUCAUUAUACCAGCGAAUUUCUCCAGUUAAACUCUUUUACAAAGUAAAUAAACGGUGAAAAAGCAUAAAAUAAAAAGAAAAUGUGUUGGAUUCGGUUGAACGUCUGAGUAGUAACGCUACGGUUGAUAUCAAAUGACCGGCACACAAUCUUUUAAUGGAUUAAUUCCUUUUAUAAACUGUAUAAAUGCAAACAGAAUUAUCUUAAUUUAAACGCGUGACCUAUUUUUAGUACGGUUUACACACUCGUACGCGACCUUCAUGAGGUUUACCGAUAGCUACAUGCUUCUGGUAUCAUUCUACACUUCAAAUUUUGACUUAACAAAGAUAUUGAGAAAAUAUUUAAGUUUGGUGUAAAUUAUGGAGGAAACCGGUAAUAAAGAUAUUUCGCGGAAAAGAAAAAUAAUAAUAGGGAUGGAUGGGAGCAGACACGCAGAGGAAGCGUUGACAUGGUAUAAGGACAAUCUUCAUGAACCCGGCGACUUUUUGAUCUUGGUGCACACCCCGGAGUAUAAACAUCUUAUCACUAUACCGGUGAUGACGUCAGACGCCGCUCUGAUGUCGCGGAUCGUUGACGAGGAGCAACACGUGACCAAGGAGCGCAUGACGCAGUUCCAAACACUCCUGGACCAUCAAGGCAUCCAGGGCUCUGUCAAGCAGAUGGGUGGCGAUCCAGGUCACCAGCUGAUAGAGGUUGCGGUACAGGAGGGCGCUGAUUUCAUCAUCACCGGAAAUCGUGGCCUGGGGACGUUGAGGCGGACCUUUCUGGGAAGUGUCAGCGACUAUGUGGUCCACCAUUCGCCAGUUCCGGUCAUCGUCUGCCGCCUGCCACAUGCUCAUCACUAGUUCCGGUGAUGCGUCAGAUAAGUCGGUCAAGAGGGCACUUACAAGUUCAUAAGAUGCAAGUGCCUGUGUAC